UUCUGUUGUUUUCGACCAUUUUUGGUUAUUUUGGUUAUUUUUGGUUAUUUUGUUUAUUUUGGUUGUUUUUGGUUUUUUUGGUUCAUUUUGGUUGUUUAGUGUCACCCCAAUCUAAUCAUGUAAGUCUUUACCAAUAACAAAUGAUAAACAAUAUAAGAAUUAAUUCAUCAAGACUUCCUUAUUUUGUUUGAAACAACGCAAAAGAUUCAGUGGCAAUUCAAAAAUAAAGCGUUUUGCUUCUGAACUUUAUUUUCUUGGAACAAUACUUUUAGUUAAUCCAAUCAAAUUAUUGGUAAUUUACUGUAAUAAAUAUAUAUGAAUCAAAAACCAUUUCAAGAUGAGACAAAAACAGGAAGAAAACAAAAGCCUGAAAAGUCAUGUUGAACUUAAUUUUAAUAUUUACGAAGAGCUGAGCCAUUCGUCUUGGCUUUGAAGUCAGAAGUCGAUGAAUUGUUGAUUCAUCUAUCUACAAAAUGAUAAACAGUUGGAAAAGGUUUAGUGUAAGAAUCGCAUCAAUAUUUAAAGUGGUCAUUACAGUGGUUAAUUUGGUUGUUGAACUGACCUAGAAUCAAAAAGCAUGAGGUAUUUCAGGUGAGGUUUAAUGUUUAUACCAUAAGUAACCAUGGUUAUGAAAAGGUAUUGUUGCAAACUUAUUAAAUAUGUUGCAAGUUUCAAGCAAUUGGUUUAAAGAUUACUUGGCCUCCGUUUUUAAAGUGAACCUCAUCUAAAGCCAAUAGCUCAGUUGACUGUUUUACUUGUGACUUCCAUUGUUGAGUUGUUUUGUUAAUUAAUCUCCGUUAACGAGUAUUUACCAAUUGGAUAAUCAUCUGUUUGUGAGUGUUUAAAUCGUCACUUGGUUAUAGACAAUGUUAACAAUUAUUUGGACCAACAACAACGAUCAUCUGUUUUUAAAGCAUGUUUCACCGAAAAGAGCCAAAUGUUGUUUUAAACUUUUUCCUGGUGACUUCAUGUUGACUUUUUAGGCAAACUGGUUGACAGAGACGAUAUGCUGGGUAAAAUGGGCUGUGGUUCAAUCAAAAGCACAAGUAAAUCAGAUGUUUUAAUUGAAGAUAUUGAUACAAACAUUGGUUCGGUUAGUUUAAUGGAGAUAAGUGAAGAUCGCUCAAUGCUUGUGGUUGCAGGUGAACUUGGAACCGCACUGGUUAUAAGCACAUUUUCAUCACCAACUGAGAUAAUUGGUAAACUUGUUGGACACUCGGCUGGUAUAACGUGUUCAACAAUCGACAAUUUGUACAUUUAUACGGGAUCAGUGGAUCAAACUAUUCGCAAAUGGUCAAUUGAAACAAUGGACUGCCUGUUUAUAUUUUUUGGUCAUUCUUCCAAGAUUAAUCGUAUAAUGAUUAAAUCUAGUUUCUUGUUUAGCACAUCAUAUGACAAAACAGCCAAAGUUUGGCUUGCCAAUGUUGCUAUUUCAUCUUUUAACCAAUUUGAAGAUGAUGAAGAUUUUGAUGAAGACAAUGAGCAACAAUUGGUUACAAUUGAUAAUCUAACAAAAGAUGAACUAACCAGAUUAAGUCCGUGCAUCCAAACCUACAAGGGUCACACCAAAAGUGUCUAUCCAAUUAUAUUUCUUCCAACCGACACCGACUUUGAACUAACUGGACGCAUAUUGGAAACAGAUCUUGUGGUUACCGGAUCAGUUGACUGUACAAUAAGAAUCUGGUCUUUCAAAUAUGGAGACUGUCUAAAGCUAUUAACUGACCAUUGUGCUCCUAUUUACAGUUUACUUGCUGAUCCAUUGAAUAGUAAACAGUUCAUCUCGGCAUCAGGCGACGGUAAAAUAAUCAGCUGGGAUGCCGUGACUGGUGAAUUGGUGAAGCAAAUGAGCGAUCACAAUGGACCAGUCAUCUCAUGUGUAGCCUACAAUCGCAUGUUAUUUUCAGGAUCGACAGACAGAACAGCAAGAGCUUGGGUCAUUGAAUUUGGUGAAUGUGUUAGAGUAUUUCAUGGCAACUCUAGUGCCGUCUCUUUGGUUCAAUAUUAUAAUGGAUUAGUUUGCGUUGGUCUUGGCGAUGGCGUUGCAAAUAUUUUUGAUUCAAAAUCAGGUUCACUGAAGAAAAGCUUCCAUGGGCAUCAGGAGGCCAUCACCGGACUUCAGGUGGCUGCUAACCGUAUAUUCACUUGUGAUUUACUUGGCAAGUUAUGCGUCUGGGAUAUAAGUGACAUCAAAGAGGAAACCAUAUUUGGAGAACGCAUCGAAGAAGAUGAAAACAGUGAUGAUGACUGCGAGGCUGUUCAAAGGGCCAUUCAAGUAGUGAAUAAAUAUGUGCGACAUUGAUCUACUUGUAUCGGCAUUCACCGCAAUAAACUUAUAUGUAUAUUAUAUGUU